UCCUCGUCGGCGCCACAACUCCCUCAGUCAACCACCACCCACCCGGGCAUGUCCCUCUCCCCGAACACCCAGUUCUCACAUUCUUCAAAGCGCUCAAUCUCACCCGAAUCAUCUCCCUCAGGGAAGAAGAAACGCCGCAUAGAUGACGAAGAAGAUGACAAGAAGGAGAAGAUAAAGCUCACUAGAGGGUCUAGGGCAUGCACCGUCUGUCGCAGGCUAAAGAUGAAAUGCGAGGGUGCAGAGAACGGCCCGCCCUGUAAACGCUGCAUCCAAGGUUCUCACGACUGCGUCUUCGAGGAAAGCAUGCGCGGAAAGAGGAACCACAAGAAACAAGAAGCCCUCACAGGCAAGCUGCAGUCCUUGGAGCAGCAGAUAAACUCCCUCCAAGCCUCCAUCCCUUCCUCCACUGCCCAGAACGCCAAACCUGAGCCCUCACCACACUCUAUCUCCCUCACCCCGUCUUCCCUCGUCCACUCCACCCCUGUCCAGCCGAGUCAAAGCCCGCUCACCCCUGCCCAUCCCUUGCAGGAACGCAAGCCCUCGCAGCCAUCGUCCGCCCCUUCCUCUCCCCUCCCCAGCCUCCCCGACAACACACUCAACCCGCUUGGCCUCCUCGCCGAAGCCUCCAUCCAGAAAUACCGUUCUGCACAGCACGAGCUCGCUGCCCAUGCUCAAGGAAUCGGAAAGGGCAUUGCCGGAGAGAGCUACUUCAAGCCGGGCCCGAUGACCCUCUUGCCUAUCAGGAGACUUGUUAUCGAACGGCAGGUACAACCCGAGAUACUCGAGUUUGUCGAUAUGCAGGAAGUGUUCGCUUUGUUCGAGAUAUUCUACACCAACUUGAACCGUCAUUGUUGUCUCUUUGAUCGGGAAGUCCACACACCGCCGUUGAUUUGCUCCAGGUCCCCAUUCCUCUUGACAGCUAUCUGCGCCAUAUCGAGCAAAUUCUAUAAAGGGCGAGAAGACAACGGAGAGCUCCAAGGAAAGCUGAAUAAUGUCGCCAAGAAGCUCGCUUGGAGUACCCCCGCCCAGGGGUAUAAGAGUGUCGAGAUCGUCCAAGCCUACCUCCUCCUCGCCCUCUGGGGAACCGGCCCUGUCCAGCGCUUCGAACAAGACCGGACCUGGCUCCUUUUAGGCAUGGCCAUCCGCAUGGCGACCGACCUGAACCUACACCGCGCUUCGCCCACGUCCAUCCCCCUCUCCGGCACGUACAGGGAUAAGGCGGAUAUUGCCGAAGUCAGGAAUCGAGAACGGACUUGGAUAUUGUGUUACAACUUGGACAGGAGCUUGAGUGCUCAGAUGGGAAAGCCCUAUUCUAUACAGGAGGACUAUAUUAUCAGGAACGCGGGGCUCUGGGCACAGCACCCGGAUGCGCUCCCCGGUGACAAGGCUCUCUGCGGAUUCCUGGAUUAUCAGCGGAUCCUUUCCCGCUGUGUCGAGUUCUUCUACGCCGGCACAUCCGACCCGUCAGGCUUGCUCAAAGCCUGUGAUUGGAGUACCAUCAUCAAGGCUUACGAAGCGCAGUUAGCAGCCUGGCGAGACGGGUUCCACAAAGCUAGAGACCAGGAAGUGUGGGUCGACCCCGACGUAAAAUAUCGCAAAAUGGUUUCUGCACUGCAGCAUAAUUACAGCCUUUUGGUGAUCAAUACUUUUGGUCUGCAUCACGCGCGCGAGCACUCGCACGUCGAUGUCGCCCAUUUCUUCUCCCGCUGCUACUCCACAGCAGUAGAGUGCGCACGCAUCAUCACCGAGCAGCUGGGUCCGAGCGGAUACCUUAAGUACUCGCCAGACAGCCACUUCGUUCUCUGCUCAUACGCAGUCAUCACCCUGCUCAAGCUUGUUCGUCUCGAGUUUGAGAACUAUCUCCCCACGGGCGUAGACCCGAUCAAGAACGUUCGUGAUGCUGCAGAUGUCCUCGCCAAGGUCGCUGUCAACAAGUACCAUACACCAGCACUCUACGCCGCCUUCCUUCGCGCCCUUAUCAAUGUUCGUGAUGGUACUUCUGGUCCAGCGACGAGGCACACGAGCGUAGCCCCUACGCCUGGGCCUCCCCCGCAUAAUGCGAGCUCCACUGGUGAGGUGCUCGAGCCGUUUCCCCCGACCGCGCCUGCUCUCUCUGCUACUGCCCAGCCCAAUCAGACGCAAGUCACUCCAGACUUUGCAGAGUAUGGAUUCGGUACCAACGCUGGGCUCAGUGGGAACGGCAUGGACGCAGACGAGCUGAGCAAUCUAAAUGGUCCCUUUGGGGGGAUCCUGACGGAUGCGUUCUGGGAUAGUGUACUUAUUCCUGGGUAUUCGAAUACGCUCGAUCUUAGUGGAGGGUUCGUAUUUGGCUCUGGAGGCAGCGGACUUAUAACGCCUCGUAUCGGAUCGCCCCCGUUCCUGAGUACGACACUCGAUUUUGGAACGGACAGCCUGCAGCAUCGCUGAGCGAGAAGAAUUCAGUCAUCUUGCCUAUUGAUAUAAUGCUUUAGAUACAGUACAUUCCUUCGGUUUGUAGCGCUAGAUUUGGUUUGUCUUCCUAGCCUGUCCUUCGUACAUGUGUUGUAGCAAUGGCGUAUCUAGCCUCACCCUUAUUUAAAAAGUUUGUACCCAG